AUGAGCGAGACGAGAGAGAUGAGCGAAAUGAGGGAGACGAGAGAUGAGCGAGACGAGAGAGAUGAGCGAGACGAGAGGAUGAGCGAGAUGAGAGAGAUGAGCGAGACGAGAGAGAUGAGCGAGACGAGAGAGAUGAGCGAGACGAGAGAGAUGAGCGAAACGAGAGAGAUGAGCGAGACGAGAGAGAUGAGCGAGACGAGAGAGAUGAGCGAGACGAGAGAGAUGAGCGAGACGAGAGAGAUGAUCGAAACGAGAGAGAUGAGCGAGACGAGAGAGAUGAGCGAGACGAGAGAGAUGAGCGAGAUGAGCGAAACGAGAGAGAUGAGAGAGAUGAGCGAGACGAGAGAGAUGAUCAAAACGAGAGAGAUGAGCGAGACGAGAGAGAUGAUCGAGACGAGAGAGAGGGGCGAGACGAGAGAGAUGAGCGAGACGAGAGAGAUGAGCGAGACGAGAGGGAUGAGCAAGACGAGAGAGAUGAGCAAGACGAGAGAGAUGGGCGAGACGAGAGAGAUGAGCGAGACGAGAGAAAUGAGCGAAACGAGAGAGAUGAGCGAGACAAGAGAGAUGAGCGAGACGAGAGAGAUGAGCGAAAUGAGGGAGACGAGAGAUGAGCGAGACGAGAGAGAUGAGCGAGACGAGAGAGAUGAGCAAGACGAGAGGGAUGAGCGAGACGAGAGAGAUGAGCGAGACGAGAGAGAUGAGCGAGAUGAGAGAGAUGAGCGAGACGAGAGAGAUGAGCGAAACGAGAGAGAUGAGCGAGACGAGAGAGAUGAGCGAGACGAGAGAGAUGAGCGAAAUGAGGGAGACGAGAGAUGA